AUGGAGAUUCCGCUAAAACCUCCUGACACAAAUUCAUUCAAACCACGAUGGUCUUUUAAGAAAAAAGUGGCGGAUGCUCCCUCGAAACAUAAGCCAACUCGUGAUCUUCUUAAGGAGGGGGUUAUGUCACUGGAGCUUGAAGGUGGAGACCGCCUUCUCCCUAAGUUUCAUAUCACCCCAAAGACUUUUGAAGACCUGUCUCAACCAUGGAGAAAAUGUUUGGUGUUUAAAUUACUUGGGCGUAAUAUUGGUUUUCUCAUGAUGAAAGAGAAGUUACGGAAUAUUUGGAAGCCACAAGAGGGGUUUGAGCUCAUGGAUAUUUCACAUGGCUACUAUAUGGUGCAAUUUGAUGAGGACGCUGACAAAGAACAGGUAUUGCAAGGUGGUCUCUGGAUGAUCUUCGAUUACUACCUGAUCGUCAGACCAUGGACUCCGAAAUUCGUAGCCUCUGAAGCUCGAGUGGACAGUACCUUAGCUUGGGUACGGUUUUCGAGUUUGGGACUCAUGUUUUAUGACCAGAGUGUUCUUCUCACUAUUGCCUCUGCCCUAGGCAAACCUAUCAAGGUUGAUGUGAAUACCCUGAACAUGACUCAUGGGAGAUUUGCCCGGGUUUGUGUUGAGAUAGAUUUAGAUAAACCAGUGAUGGGAAAAUUCUGUCUGAAUGACGUUUGA